ACUUUCAAAUUUUGUGUUAAUUUUCAUAUUAUUUGGUUAAUAAUACUGUAAUACUGAUCAAUUCAAUUAUUCCUCUUUGGUCUCUUUCUUUUCAUCUCUGUCCCCACAUUUUUCCCUCUCUUUGUUCACUUUCGGCUGGACUCUCUUUUUGCUCGCUCUCUCUCUCCUUGUCUCUCUUCUCUUCCCUCUCUUUUGAUAUUUUUCCUUUGUUUGUUUCUUUCUUCUCUCUCUCUCUCUUACCUUCACCAUUAGAUGUAAAGAAAUUAGUGAGCACCACAAUUUAGUCAGAUUUACCAGCAUGCUUCAAAACUGAUUGUCCACCAUCUAUAAUUUUCUUUGUUAAUUAAUUUAACUGUGUUAACACAUUUUUCUUACUGUUUUUCCUGUGCUUGUUUCCCGGCCUUUCAUUCCAUGCCCUUUGUUACCAGUCUUCAAUCCUAUUCUUUUUUGUAACAACUCGAAAUCGAUUAUAUUUUUCAUCAUAAAUUGUGAUUUUUCAUUGUCAUCUUUUUUGGUGUGGUUUUACUUCCAUUUUCAUUAUUCAGGAAUAAAUUUAUUACGUCACUGUUCUUGUGAAUUGUUUUCUUCUUAAUAAUAAUCUGGGGACAAUUAUCUGUUGAUAAUCAUGACUAAAAGAGAUUCUACUAUUGAUCAUUCAUUGAAUGAUAGUCAACCAAGUAAACCAUCAAUUGAAAGAGGCGCGAGCUGGUCUCUCAAUGAAACUCGUAUUCUGUUAUCAUUAUGGGGCCAAGACAUGGUUCAAAGACAGUUCACCAAUUCAAAAAGGACCCGCCAAGUGUGGGAAAAAAUCGCUGAAAGAAUCAGAGAACAUGGUUAUGAAAGGACUCCAGACCAAGUUAGGAUCAAAGUAUUCAAUAUGAUUGCUGAAUAUCGGCGUAUUCUUAAAAAUCCAACCCCAGAACGUAAAAAGAAAUGUGUUUUUUUCGAUGCUCUUGAUAAAAUUUACCAAGCCAAAGACACAGAAGAUGUUAAAGCAGCAUUGAAUAAUUAUGAAGAAGAAUAUCACUUUGACGCAGCUGAUUCUAAUAUGGCUGAUGAAACUAAUGAUAGCGGAAUGGGAGCCAAUGGUGAUGGUGAAAAUAGUGGAACGGAUAAUGAAGAAGUUUUCUCUUAUGCAAUGUCUCCUUCUCAAACUUUGAAUGGGCAAGCAGAAGGUGAUCAAUAUUUGGGACGCAAUGCAGCCAUAAGAUCUCGAUCAACCUCUAAUGCAACUUAUAACAAUUACCAAGCUCAAGAUUAUAACUCAGACUUUGAUUCAUCGCAAUCAGUUGUUCUCAUUGAUCGCAUGUUCAAUCAUUUAACCAAAGAGAUGGAUAUUAUGAAGGAUUGGAUUAAACUGGAGAAAGAACGUUUCCAACAAGAAGCUGCUCGUCGUAAAGAAGAUAAUGAACGACAGGAGCGUCGGGAAAAAGCUUUCCUCACUGCGUUGGUUAAAAUGCAAGAACAGACUUUCAGUUUCUUAUCCGGCUCAUCUCCAGGAACACCGGACUCAAGAGCCAACUUUGAACCCAGUCCAAUGGAAACUCAAUGCCCAUCAUCACAAUCUACAUAUGAACUUUCCUGAUUCAUCUUAAAUAAUGACUGACAAUGUUUCUUUGUCUAAAAAAUCUAAACCAACUAUCUUCAAAGUAGUGGUUUAACUUUUUUUUAAAUCCAUCAGGAAAGUUUAAUCUCAUCAUUACAAACAAACUGAAUGAAAGGCAAAGAAUAAUCGGUCAAAAGCAAGUUAGAAAUCUCAUCCUGACAAAUCUAUUUGAGGAUGAUGGGUCACAUAUUUGGUCACAUUGGCUUUUGCCAUCCCUCACCAUUUUUUCCCUCAAACUUUGUCUCUCUAUUUCACGAAAAAUCAUUUUUUUGUCGACUAACUUUUAUUUAUACACAAUGCAUGUUUCCCCUCUUUUAUUAUCAACUCUUCCAUCUACAUGUAUCAACUAACCGAUUAGUAAUUUUCUUUCACAUUUUCAACCUACAACCUUCAGAGAUCUGAUUUGCCCUGAACAUGCACAUAAUGCAGAAAAUUUACUUUUUUUCGUUAGAAAACGCAAGACGUAUUCAUCUACUAAGCUGAUUAUGCUAAUUAGAUCAUCAAAAGCAUGAUAGGUACACUCAUUAUAAAUUAAAAUGAAACAAAAAGUUACAAAAAAUAGUUCAUUUUUUUCAUAGACAUUCACAUGAAUUAUACUCGUAUAAAAAAAUGUAAGACUCAUUUCAAGCAAAGUGAUAUUAAAAAUGGCUUUAAAUUAAAAUCCGCAUCAUUCUUAUAA